AUGGCCCUCACGCGCGCCUCUGUCGCUGCCGGACGCAUGCAGGCGGCCUCCCGCUGCCCCUUCAUGCACGCGCUGCCCACCGCGCGCGCCGCCCUCCUGCCCAACAUCUCGCAGCUCGCGAAGCUGUGCCCGCACAUGUCGUCGGUCAUGAGCGCCGCCUCUGCCGGUCGCAGCCGCAACUCGCAGGCGCACGCGACGUCGACCACGUCCCUCGCCGCGCUCCAGCGCAUGGCAGCGCUCGAGAAGAAGGUGCCGGCAGGGCCGAGACAGGGACCGGGGAGCAGCAGCCCGAAGUCGUACGCGGCUGCUGUCGCGCGCUUCCCAACGGCCUCGUCGCGUCCCGAGCGCGUGGGCGGCCUGUCCCGCGCGCAGUACAAAGAGGGCUUUGUCCAGACCAUUGAGGCGAUCAAGCGCGAAGGCCGGUACCGCGUGUUUACGGACCUGGAGCGCAAGCGCGGCCAGUUCCCGCGCGCCACGCACCACGAAGCGCUGGGCCAGACGAAGGAAGUGGUGGCCUGGUGCAGCAACGACUAUCUGAGCAUGGGCCAACACCCCGCAGUGAUUGCGACGAUGCACGAGUACCUCAUGAAGUCUGGUGCGGGCUCGGGCGGCACGCGCAACAUCUCGGGCACGAACCACAACCACGUGUUGCUGGAGCAGGACCUGGCCGACUUGCACCAGCAGGAGGCCGCGCUGCUGUUCACGUCGUGCUACGUGGCGAACGACAGCGUGAUCAGCACGCUCACGAAGAUCUACCCGGACCUGGUCAUGUUCUCGGACAGCCUCAACCACGCGUCGAUGAUCCAGGGCAUUCGAAACAGUGGGGCCAAGAAGUACAUUUACAAGCACAAUGACAUGACGGACCUCGAGGCGAAGCUCCAGAUGGCCGACCCGAGCGCUCCGAAACUCAUUCUGUUCGAGAGUGUGAACUCGAUGGAAGGCACAGUCGCUCCGUUGCACGAGAUCUGCGACCUGGCGGACAAGUACGGGGCGAUGACGUUUAACGACGAGGUGCACGCGGUGGGUCUGUACGGCGACCGCGGGGCUGGCGUCGCCGAGCGGGACCACUGCUUGGACCGCAUUACAAUGGUGACGGGUACGCUGGCCAAGGGGUACGGCAUCAUGGGCGGCUACGUAGCUGGAAACGCAGCGCUGGUGGACGCCAUGCGCUCGUGCGCUUCGGGCUUUAUCUUUAGCUCGUCGAUGCCUCCUAUGCUUGCUGCUGGCGCUCGGGCGUCGGUGAAUUACCUGAAGGAGAGUCAGGUGGAGCGUGCGACCAUGCACGCCCGCUCCCAAGAGCUCAAGAACAUGCUGGUGGACGCUGGUUUCCCGCUGCUUCCGAGUGUGAGUCACAUCAUUCCGCUCAUGGUGGGCGAUGCUGCGAAGGUGAAGGAGGCUUCGCGCAUGCUGCUUGAGAAGCACCGCAUCUACGUGCAGCCCAUCAACUUUCCGACUGUGCCGCGUGGGGAGGAGCGUCUGCGCUUGACGCCGCUGCCGACCCAUACGGACGCUAUGGUGGAAGAUCUGAUGUUGGCGCUGGAAGACGUGUGGACUACACUCGACCUGCCGCGUCAUUUCGUGCCGAAGGGCGACUACCUGCCAGUGGUGGAGUGGGCGAACUCGCCAGUGGAGAUGGCCGGUGAGUUUGUGGUGGAGGCGGCGCAGGAAGUCGCGUGUGUGGCUUAG